GUUGUGUCGCUGGGCUGUUGUCUGAAGCGAAUUGCCUCAGAGCAUCACUGCGGGGCCCGCUUUGUUAAUAUUUCUACGUGCGUCGCGGUUCGCCGGGUGGGGGAACUCCGUAUACCCCUCUUCCUUUUCCAGAGCCGACGCCAUGUCCUCGCCGUCGUCUGGGGAGCAGUACGAGGAAGAAGAGGAUGGCGCUUACGAGAGCCAGGCCAAGCGGCUGAAGCCCAGUGCCGCCGCGGAGGAGGGCGAGAUCGAGUAUGGGGCCGAGGAGGGCGAAAGCCACAGGGAAAAGGCCGUCCCUCGCAGUGGGGGAUUCUCCGGCGGGGAUGCAGGUGGAAGUCAUCACAAAGUUUCAGUUUCUCCUGUUGUCCAUGUCCGAGGACUCUGUGAAUCAGUUGUGGAAGCAGACCUUGUAGAGGCGCUAGAAAAAUUUGGAACCAUAUGUUAUGUGAUGAUGAUGCCAUUUAAGCGCCAGGCUUUAGUGGAAUUUGAGAAUAUUGAAAGUGCCAAGAAGUGUGUGACAUUUGCAGCAGAUGAACAAGUAUAUAUAGCUGGACAACAAGCAUUUUUCAAUUAUUCAACAAGCAAAAGAAUCACUCGUCCAGGAAACACAGAUGACCCCUCUGGUGGAAACAAAGUUCUGCUCUUAUCGGUUCAGAAUCCUCUUUAUCCAAUUACGGUGGAUGUCUUGUAUACAGUAUGCAAUCCUGUUGGGAAGGUACAGCGUAUUGUCAUAUUCAAGAGGAAUGGAAUACAAGCCAUGGUUGAGUUUGAAUCGGUUUUAUGUGCCCAGAAGGCAAAAGCAGCACUCAACGGAGCAGACAUAUAUGCGGGAUGUUGCACACUAAAAAUCGAAUAUGCACGGCCAACUCGACUUAAUGUCAUUCGAAAUGACAAUGAUAGCUGGGACUACACUAAACCAUACCUGGGCAGACGAGACAGAGGCAAAGGCCGUCAGAGGCAAGCUAUUUUAGGAGAGCACCCCUCUUCAUUUAGGCAUGAUGGCUAUGGCUCACAUGGUCCUCUGUUACCUUUACCAAGCCGAUACAGAAUGGCAUCUCGUGACACUCCAGAGCUUGUUGCUUAUCCGCUUCCCCAGGCCUCCUCAUCUUACAUGCAUGGAGGGAACCCCUCAGGUUCUGUUGUCAUGGUUAGUGGAUUGCACCAGCAAAAGAUGAACUGCUCAAGAGUCUUCAACUUGUUCUGCUUGUAUGGAAACAUUGAAAAGGUAAAGUUCAUGAAGACUAUUCCAGGCACUGCUCUGGUGGAAAUGGGUGAUGAAUAUGCUGUUGAAAGAGCAGUCACACAUCUCAAUAGUGUCAAGUUAUUUGGGAAGAAGCUUAACGUUUGUGUAUCCAAACAGCAUUCAGUUGUUCCUAGCCAGAUAUUUGAGCUGGAAGAUGGUACGAGCAGUUACAAAGAUUUUGCAAUGAGCAAAAACAAUCGGUUUACUAGUGCUGGCCAGGCAUCCAAGAAUAUCAUCCAGCCACCUUCUUGUGUUUUGCAUUAUUAUAAUGUUCCACUGUGCGUGACUGAAGAUACCUUUGUAAAGCUGUGUGAUGAUCAUGAAGUUUUAUCUUUUAUCAAAUACAAAGUUUUUGAUCCAAAACCUUCAGCCAAAACACUUUCUGGACUGUUGGAGUGGGAAUGCAAGACAAAUGCAGUGGAAGCUCUUACUGUACUUAAUCAUCACCAGAUAAGAGUCCCCAAUGGCUCUAACCCAUAUACUUUGAAGCUUUGCUUCUCUACUUCCUCCCAUUUGUAGAACAGAGGACAGCAUGUUAGAAGCUCCUUUCAUCUUUUACAAACUUGAAACUGUAUGUUGUUUGCAAGCUCUGAAAUACUUGUUCAUUUUCUUUGUCUCAAUCUGCCAGUCAUUUCCCCCUGUUUUGAAUGAAUGGAUGUUUACAAACAUCACUCUUUUUCCUUUGGCCUCCAAACAUAGACGUUAGUGUAUUAUGAAGAGCUUGUUACUUCGUGCAACUGUUACCCACAGAUGUUUGAACUGCCUUAUGGGUAGCAUGUGCAAAGAAAUCUUAUACUAUCACAAACUUUAAAACACAGUUCCCAUAGACCAUGUAAAAUGUACACGUUUCUUAAAGGAUUUACAGUGGGUAUUUCCCACUUGAGCUUCAAUGGAAAAUAGGAUUAUUAUAUUGUAAUAUUAGCUGUGAAAAUCCUGGCUUCUAUUCUUUGGUUGACUGUGUUAUACAAUCCUAAAAACAGAACUAAAUUUGUAAAAUCUUUUCAAAUUGCACACAAUGACCUUUAGAAAUGUUAAAAGGUAUCUGAUUUUUGAGGAUUCUUCACAGGAGAAGAGUUAAUCCCUUUUUUGUUUUAAACUGAUUUUAAA